CUCUGACAGCGGAAGAUAAAACUUCCUCUUCCGCAAGUCGCAGACUCACAGCACUUACUGGAUAAAUCUGUGGGAGCUACGUUGAACAUGACACCGACUGCACGCUAAAGACAUUACGGUUGUGUGUCGACACCGCAGUCCAACUGUCAGAGAGAAGAGCUAAGAGAAAGUACUAAGUGUUUCUUCUGUUCAUCGGACACGCAACUAACCCUAAACAAGCUACCGAGCCUGUGUGUGCGUCUCUGCUCCUUUGGGUGAGGGGUUACGAGGAUGGAUCAGAACAACAGCAUACCAGCCUUUCAGGGACUGGCCUCCCCUCAGGGCGCCAUGACACCAGGAAUGCCUAUCUUCAGUCCCAUGAUGCCAUAUGGUUCGGGCCUGACACCUCAACCUGUUCAGAACACAAACAGUUUGUCGAUACUGGAGGAACAGCAGCGGCAGCAACAGGCGCAGCAAGCACAGCAGGCCAAUGCAGGCCUUCCAGGAACGUCGGGGCAGGCUCCUCAGCUCUUCCAUUCCCAGGCAGUCACAGGCUCAACUACCACCGCGCUUCCGGGGAACACUCCGCUGUACAACAACACCCCACUGACCCCCAUGACUCCCAUCACACCAGCCACACCAGCCUCAGAGAGCUCUGGAAUUGUGCCACAGCUACAGAACAUUGUGUCGACAGUCAAUCUAGGUUGUAAGCUGGACUUGAAGACCAUUGCGCUGAGAGCCAGGAAUGCAGAGUACAACCCCAAGCGUUUUGCUGCAGUCAUCAUGAGAAUACGAGAGCCUCGCACCACAGCUCUUAUUUUUAGCUCCGGGAAGAUGGUCUGCACGGGAGCAAAGAGUGAGGAGCAGUCGCGAUUAGCGGCCAGAAAGUACGCUCGUGUGGUGCAAAAGCUUGGCUUUCCUGCCAAGUUUCUGGACUUCAAGAUUCAGAAUAUGGUGGGCAGCUGUGAUGUGAAGUUCCCUAUUCGUCUGGAAGGCUUGGUACUCACGCAUCAACAGUUCAGCAGCUACGAACCUGAACUGUUUCCAGGCUUGAUUUAUAGAAUGAUCAAGCCCAGAAUUGUCUUGCUCAUCUUUGUUUCUGGGAAGGUUGUAUUAACAGGUGCAAAGGUGAGAGGUGAAAUCUAUGAAGCGUUUGAGAACAUCUACCCUAUCCUGAAAGGUUUCCGCAAGACAACGUAGACCCUUACCACCUUCCCCCCCCACUAUUUUUUUCUUCUUCAAUCUUUUUUAAAUGUUUUGACAUGACCUUACCAGUGAGCUGCAGUUCAGACAGUUGUCAAAAUGUGAGACUUUUUUUUUUUUAUCAUUUUAUUUACACUAUGUUCACACGAUCAUUUCCACAUUUGUUUCCUCUAGUUUUAAAGGGUUUUCAAACCCAUGUACAUAAGUCUGAAAGAAAAUGUUAACUUUUUUGUGUUCAAGUGGUUUUAAAUAGUUUUUUACAUUGUAUUUUUUAAAUCAAAUUCUGCUCAGUUAUAUACAGUUGAAGUAGUUUCUUUGAUCCCUUUUAUGCUAAUGUUUCAAUUUACAAUGUAUAAUUGCGGGCAGAUACUGGAUUUGUGUGUUUGAUUUUGGGGAAAGUUCUAUCAAACCGUUCUUCAAGGUUUCUCUAUCAAAAGUGUUUAAACGUAACCUUGAUAAAUUACAAUUUAAAUCACAGUUGAAUUGCUUAAUUUUUGAUUGAUCAUUCGGUGGUUAAGGAGGUGAUUUAUAGCAGAAGCAUCUUUUCAUUUGGCCUGUCGGCUGACUGUAAAAUCACAAAUUUCUGUUGGUCAAUUGAAAGAGACAGAUAGUGUGCCUGCACUUGAUGAGCACCCAGUAUUGAAAUGUUAGCGUUUGCUUUUUUUUUUUUUUUUUAAAUACCCAUUUGCUCUUAACGUGUUUCUAAAAUAAGUUAAAUGCUUUAUCUGAUGUAAAAAAAUGCAGAAUUGACAUUUCCCCCAUGUACAAUAAAUCUGUACAUAGUGA